AUGCUUGCUAAAUAUAUAGACCUUAUGUACAAGGCUCGAUACCAUAGGAAAAGUCCUGAAUUCUCCCUCUCGCCAGUUUCAUUAGCAACAGGAGUUUACAUCAAGGCAAUGCAAAGUGGCAACCAAACCUUUGUGACCCAUUUCAUCCUGGUUGGCCUUCAUCAUCACCCCAAGCUUGCUGUCCCACUCUUCCUCAUCUUCCUUGCCAUCUACCUUCUCACCAUAUCUGGUAAUGGGCUAAUCAUCCUCACUAUCCUAGUUGAUGUCCGGCUUCAUCGACCCAUGUACUGGUUUCUAUGCCACCUCUCUUUUUUGGACAUGACUAUUUCUUGUGCCAUCGUCCCCAAAAUGCUGGCCGGCUUCCUGCUGGACAGCAGAAUCAUCUCCUUUGGAGGCUGUGUGAUUCAACUCUUCUCUUUCCACUUCUUAGGGUGCACUGAAUGUUUUCUCUAUACUCUCAUGGCUUAUGAUCGCUUCCUUGCCAUCUGUAAACCCCUGCAUUAUGCCACCAUCAUGACCCGAAGUGUCUGUAAUUGUCUGGCCUUGGGCACUUGGCUGGGUGGCUCUCUCCAUUCAAUCUUCCAGACUUGUUUCAUGUUCCGUCUGCCCUUUUGUGGCCCCAACAAGGUUGACUAUUUCUUCUGUGACAUUCCUGCCAUGCUACGACUCGCCUGUGCUGAUACUGUCAUCAAUGAACUGGUCACCUUUGUGGACAUUGGCUUCUUGGCCAUGACUUGCUUUGUGCUUAUUCUCACCUCCUACGGCUACAUUGUAGCUGCCAUCCUACGCAUCCGCUCAGCUGAUGGACGCCGCAAUGCCUUCUCUACCUGUGCUGCACACCUCACGGUAGUCAUUGUGUAUUAUGUGCCCUGUACUUUCAUCUACUUGCGGCCUGGCUCCCAAGAGCCACUGGACGGGGUGGUGGCUGUUUUCUACACAGUCAUUACACCUCUGCUCAAUCCCAUCAUCUACACACUCCGUAACAAGGAGAUGAAGUCAGCAUUAUGGAGGCUGGGGGGCCAUAGGGAAAUACAACCCCAUUGA